CUAUGAUGCAUCCCGAGGAGGCAGUGAUGUCGUUAUUACAAGCUUUAAACCUUAGCAAGUUAGCAUAUCAUCGGACAUUAAAGAUCUUAUUACGAAGCCGUUCAUUCAUAUCAAUGGUUCCCUGAGCACUGAUCAUCUGGUGUUUCUCGACCUGAACUCUAUUAAGAACCCUCUCCUGGCUCAGACACUAUUCAAGCCGGGUCAAGCUGGAAAUAUUCUCUUGGUGCUGCUUGGUUUUCUAGAAUACUACAAUGUGGAAGUCACUAGUAAGUUUCUUGCAUGUCACGCAACGAUCACUCUUUUACAUGUAUCCUUUUAUUCCUUAAUUUCGUUCAACUGACGAAUUGCUCAAUUGUGGUAGGUUUUUUUCGGGUUUGGAUCCCUCGGGUCCUAGAUAUUUGGAUCGAACUAGGUACUUAGACUUUUUUUAUUUGGAUUUGAAUUGGUUUUUAUCGGGUUCGGAUUUGGGUUUAUAAUUUCAAUACCCGUAAUUUUUUGGAUAUAUAUCGGGAUAAUGUAUUUAGGACAAAAACUGAAUCCGAAAAACUAAAAAAAAAAGAAUACUCAAAGACCGAAAUACACUCGAAGAACCAAAAAAAAAACCCGAAAUCUGACUCGAAAAAUCAAAAUACCUGAAAUAUUACUCAAAAAUCCCAAUUAUAUUUUUUUAAGUCAAAAAUUUUAUCCGAAACUAUAACCGAAAACCCGAACUUGAAACUUAAAAAAAAAUAUCUGAAAUAUCAAAAAAUGACAAAACACCCAAAUUUACCUAAUAUGUACAAAAAAAUUUUCGUAUUUCGGAUACCCCGGGUCUCAAAUAGGAUCUGGAUCCGAACCGAGAUCCGCAGAUCUAAAGAAAAAAGACCUAACAAGUAUUUUAGUAUGAACCCAGAACUGGACCCGAACUUGUAUUUGGAUCGGUUCGGUUUAGAUUUUCGGGUCCGGGUUAGGACUAGUUAAGGAAUGAGAUUUUGAAGGUGAAAUUUAAAUUUUUAAAACAUAAAAAAAAAUUAAAAAAGAAAUAAUCUUAUAAGAAUUUUUGAAUUUCCAAAAAAAAAAAAAUUGGAAAAAAUGUCUAUCAUAAAGAAUUUCUCAUUAUCUAAUGUAUUUAUCCUUUUUUGUCACAUUAUUCAAAUAUAUUUAUAAUUUCUUAAAUUCCUAAUUAAACUUAGAGAAAAGGAAGAAUCAAUUGGUGUUGAGAAGAAAAAAAAAAAUCAAAACGGCACCGUGUAGAGAGGAUGAUUUCUAGAACUUUCUUUAAAUGUCUCUUCUACGUGAAAGACGAUUGAAAGACAGUCUCUCACGGAUUCACCUUCUUCCUCGUUGUCUCCCAACUCUCAGGUGCAAUGGCAAGCAAGUUUCCCGGAAUGGAGAAUGAAAUACUCGAGGUCUUCCCCAAACUUGAUGAGAUUCCACCUGGAAUUGCAAUAAAGUUUGAAGAAAUGAUUCGAUGCUUUCUACAGACUAAAAGCAAGAAUCCUACACUCAAGCAGUUUAGAGUUUAUAAACACCUCCGAGAGGUCUAUGAUGAUGAAGGCAAGCUUGUCUGUUUCUUUAAGACUUCCAGAGAUGCAAAGAAAGAAGCAGCAGUGUACAUUCUGGAUCAUCCACUUUCUGGACACCGUUCCGGUUCUUCCGAACUAAUAGGCUUUGGUGGUGCCACACCCACAGUCUUCAUCAGGACACAGGAUGCUUCCGGGUGUUUGGUAUCGUUCGUGGAGAAUGAUGGCGUGGUUGGUGAUCACAAACCUUUGGUGAUGAUCAACACUCUUCCUCAAGAGAUCAUUAAGCUGUCCAUUUUCCAUCUGCGCUUCGGAAAUGCAGACUGUCACGACAGGAACACGGUCACGAAGAUUGAUGAUCAACGUGUGCACCGUCUGACUCCGGUUGAUCAUGAGGAGUGUUUCACAGUUACUUAUGCUAUGCGAAGACUGUGGUGGACUGUGAGGAAGGAGGCGAAAGAAGCUUAUACUGAUGAAGUGGUGGGUUACGUGCAAGGGCUCGACGUUGAUGUAGACAUUGCAUUCUUGAAGAGAUGCGGUUGGGAAGUACCACGGGAGGUCUCGGUUCCAUACAAGAUAUUUACUCAUUUUCUGAAGAAAGGGGUCGAGUUUAAACUCACUGCAGAUCAUAUGGCGGUUCUUGUCCAGAAUAUUCACAAGUCUACCGCAUUUAACCUUAGCAACAUGCUAGGUGAUAUGACGCUAGAAGAUGAGAUCUUUGUGCAAAAAUCACAUGAGAAGAUUGAAGCCCGACUCAGACAAUAUUCUGAGAGGUUCCUCUGAGCUGGACAACUAGAAACGUACACGCAUCUGUUGAAGAGAGGAGCAGUGCGAGGUCAGAGAGAGAGAGAGAUAGAGUAUCAGUUGUUGAUCAACUAGUAGCAGAGCAGUUGAGACUCCAUCGAUUUCUGUUGACAACUUUAAAACAGUUUACAUUUUUCUUUAGGAUUAAGCUACGACAGAGAACAUAUUUCUUUAGUAUUGCUUUUUCUUGAGUUUUGCUGAGCUCAAAGGAUACUCAGAGCCGUGCCUGCUUUAUAAGAAAAGAAACAUUGGCUUAGGGCAUCGUUUUAAAUUUAAAACACUUAAUAAUAUGUAUUUAGUUAGUUACUAAUCUUAACUAAUAUAAUAAUUUAUAUGGGAUUAAGUUUAAGAUUACUAAAAAAUAGGAUAUGAUAGAAAAAAUAAGUUUAUUAGUCCAUUACUAGUUUUACUAAUUAAAUUAAUCAAUACCAUUAAAAGAGGAUCAUUCCUUUAAUGAAAAUUAUACUUUUUUCAAAAAUAUCCUUAUUUCUACAAAGGAUUAAUUAAAUUCAUUAAUGGCAUUUAGGUCUUUUGGUUUUGGACCUACAAAUACACCUAAAUAGAUCUAUUAAUAAUGGGCCUAUAUAUAUUUAAAAGAUAUAUUAACCUUAAAUUUAAUAUAAGUAUAAAUAUAUUAUGAAACAUAAAUAAAUUAACAAACAUGAAAAUAUUAUUUUCUUAAAUAUAUGUA